CCCGCGGGCGGCCGCGCAAGAUGAAGCUGGCUCUCCUCCUGCCCUGGGCGUGCUGCUGCCUCUGCGGGUCGGCGCUGGCCACCGGCUUCCUGUACCCCUUCCCGGCCGCAGCCCUGCAGCAGCACGGCUACCCCGAGCCGGGCGCCGGCUCCCCCGGCAGCGGCUACGGGAGCCGCCGGCACUGGUGCCAUCACACGGUGACGCGGACGGUGUCCUGCCAGGUGCAGAAUGGCUCCGAGACCGUGGUCCAGCGCGUGUACCAGAGCUGCCGGUGGCCCGGGCCCUGUGCCAACCUUGUGAGUUACAGGACUCUGAUCAGACCCACAUACAAAGUGUCCUACCGCACGGUGACGGUGCUGGAGUGGAGAUGCUGUCCUGGCUUCACCGGGAGCAACUGUGAUGAGGAAUGCAUGAACUGUACCCGGCUCAGCGACAUGAGUGAGAGGCUAACCACGCUGGAGGCCAAGGUUCUCCUGCUGCAGGCGGCAGAGCAGCCCGCAGGCCCGGGCAAUGACCUGCCGGCCCCCCAGAGCACCCCACCACCCUGGAACGAGGACUUCCUCCCUGACGCCAUCCCCCUCGCCCACCCAGGGCCCCGAAGGAGAAGGCCCACGGGCCCCGCCGGGCCCCCGGGGCAGACGGGACCGCCAGGGCCUGCAGGUCCCCCAGGCUCCAAAGGUGACCGGGGCCAGGCAGGAGAGAAGGGCCCAGCGGGGCCUCCUGGCCUCUUGGGGCCGCCAGGACCCCGCGGGCUUCCUGGAGAGAUGGGGCGCCCGGGCCCCCCUGGCCCCCCCGGCCCAGCAGGCAGCCCAGGCUUCCCUCCGAACGGCCCCCAGGGUGUCCUCUACUCCCUGCAGUCGCCGACAGACAAGGACGACGGACACUCACAGCUGGCCUCUGCUGCCGUGGACACCGUGCUGGCCGGCGUCCCAGGGCCCCGGGGCCCCCCUGGCCCUCCAGGUCCUCCUGGCCCACACGGUCCCCCAGGACCGCCAGGUGUACCUGGAUCCCAGGGCCUGGCCGGAGAGCGGGGCAUGAUGGGACCGGCUGGCGAGCCCGGCGGGAAGGGACAAGAAGAGGAGAAGGCGGCUGCAGAGAGUGAGGGGGUGCAGCAGCUGCGGGAGGCCCUGAAGAUCCUGGCAGAGAGGGUCCUCAUCCUGGAGCACAUGAUCGGGAUCCACGAUCCCCUGGCCUCCCCCGAGGGGGGCUCCGGCCAAGAUGCUGCCCUGAGAGCCAGCCUCAAGAUGAAGCGUGGGGGCUCCCCGCCCGCCGACGGUCCCCUCGCCGCCCUGCUCGGCCCCGACCCUGGGCAGAGGAGCGCUGGCCAGGCCAGCGGCGGGAAGUAA